AUGAGGCAACGGUCUAGUGAUCUGAAGGUCACAGCAACUGUCCAUCUGGUGUUUGCUGCUGUCGGUCUGACCACAGCCUUCUCGAUACGGGCUUCCUCUGACAUCGGUUAUUUCCUGUUCGUGAGCUCAGAGACGCAGAGUGUCCCGAACAAGAUGGAUGGGGGCAAGACUAACGUGUAUGUGAAGUUCGCAAAAACGCGCCCACAGUCUCCUUCCAACGACGACCCGAACUCCACCUACUCAGAACUGAACUUUACAACAAACGAAACCCUCAUCGGCGAGGAUGAGGACCCUCUCAGUGCCUCGGGGCCCGGCGAGCUGCCAGUUACUGCACAGACAGGCAACAUGGGCAGUGAACGACCCAGAAGGAGAGACAAAUCAGACUCAAGCUUAUGGCUAAUCUUCCUUUUAACUGCGUCCCACAUUAGCAUGGGCAUCUGCUGGAGGAUUCAUGUAUUACAGAUUAAUCAGUCUCAGAUCAGCUCCGAACCAAACCACACGCUGCGUUGGAGACAGUAUCAGGAUAUUUGCCUCUUCUUUACCAAUAUCAGAGAGCAAACAUGUUCCAAGGACUGGAUCACUUAUAAAGAGCGGUGUUAUUACGUUUCCACGUUUGAAACAUCUUUCCGCAGAGCGGUGCUACAAUGUUCUAAACGUGAUUCAAGGCUGCUCGAUAUCAGUUCAAGUAAUGAAGCGAAUUUUGUUUUCCGCUCUCUUGCCCACCAAAACGUUACAUACUGGAUUGGAAAAUGCGAAAACGGGCACGUGGCCUGGCGACUCCUGUACAAUGUGUCAUCGGGGACGUCCGACUGCAGAGACUGUUACUCAUACCCAGGAGGUAACCCUUGUGAUAGUGAUCGGCGUUUCAUCUGCGAGAAGUCGGCGCCUUUGUUCCCGGAUAUUCCUGAAAAGAUCCAGGAUCUCUGUCUAUUGCCACUGGAGGGGACAUGAAUCAAGUCACUAACCCCAGUUUCUCCUCAUUCUUCCUCCUUCCCUCUCACCCCCGGUGAGAGAACGGGGAUGGGAGGGUCCUUUCAAAUUCCCUCCCUAACCUCUCUCUCCCUCCUACUCUUUCUCCUCUUCUUGUAGCAACCAUAUUCACCCCACCACACACCGACCUUUCUCCCUGUCCAUCCCCUUCUUUCUCACCUUUUCCCCCGUCCCAUACUUGCCAACUUCCUCUACAUUUCUCUCUACACCCUCAUCACCCGUUAUUAAUUCGAACUUUCUUCUCACUCUGCCCACCACUUUCACCUCUCUCACCCUCCCAUCCCCGUUCUCUAAACCCUUGGUCACCCUGAUCUCUCUCUCUUUCUCCUUUGCACCCACUCUCACCUCAAUCCUGUGCCGUCUGACUCUCGAUAACCCAACCCUCAUCCCGCACGGGACGGUAGUUGGGAAGGUUUCAGUCGCUGGGUAUACAUGGCCAGGUAGUAAAUUGGAUUAGGCAUUGGCUCAAAGGCAGAUGUCAGAGAAUGACCGUAGAGAAUUGCUACUCUGAGUAGAGGCCUGUGACUAGUGGUGUGCCGCAGGGAUCAGUGCUGGGUCCAUUGUUAUUUGUCAUCUAAAUCAAUGAUCUGGAUGAUAAUGAGGAAAGUUGGAUUGCUGAUGAUACAAAGAUUGGUGGUGUAGUGGACAGUGAGGAAGGUUUUCAAAGCUUUCAGUGGGAUUUGGACAAGCUGGAACAAUUAGGUAAAAUUGACAGGAAGAUUUUGAUAAGGACAAAUAUGAGGUAUUGCACUUUGGAGGGAAAGACCAAGGUAGAAAAUACAGGAUAAAUGGUAAGUCACAGAGGAGAGCAGUAGAACACAGUGAUCUGGGAAUACAGAUAAAACAUUCCCUAAAAUUGGCGACACAAGCAGAUAGGGUAGUAAAGAGAGUUUUUUGGUAUAUUGGCCUUUAUGAAUCAAACUAUUAAGUAUAAGAGUUAGAAUGUAAUGGCGAGGUUGUGUACGGCAUUGGUGAGGCCGAAUUUGGUGUAUUGUGUGCCGUUUUGGUCACCGAAUUACAGGAAGGAUAUUAAUAAGUUUGAAAGAGUGCAGAGAAGGUUUACAGGGAUUUUGCUGGGUCUAGAUUAUGAUGGGUCUAGAUAGUGAAUGCAAGCAGGUAUUUUCCACUGAGAGAAAAGGAAACAGAGGAAAUGGGCUCAGGGUGAAGUAGGAAAAGUUUAGAGGGGACAUUAGUGGGGGAUUCUUCACACAGACAGUGGUUGUAUUGUGGAUUGAGCUGCCAGUUGAAGUGGUUAAUGCGGGCUCACUUUUAGCAUUUAAGGAACGUUUGGACAGAUACAUGGAUAGGAGGUGUAUGGAAGGAUAUGUUCCAGGUGCAGGUCAGUGGGACUGGGCAGCAAAAUGUUUCGGCACAGCCAAGAAUGGCCAAAAGGCCUGUUUCCGUGCUGUAAUAUUCUAUGCUUCUGUGCUUCAGCAGAUGUGCUAUUGGAUUGUUUGCCUGAAACUUAUACGUCCUGGAAUCUGUUCUUUUGCAUCAUCAGUACGGCAAAAAGAUAUACAGUUAAUGUAAGUUCAAAACAUUAAUAAACA